AUGACCAAUACUGACUCAUCUUCACCACCACAAUUCGAUGUGGCAACAGCUGCACUCGAACAUCUUGAAUUGCUCAAUAAUUCUAAUUUAAAUCCACUGGAAAUUGCAGCUCAAUUUCGAACAUUACUACGUUCAAAAAAAGCACGUGGAAGUGAUGCAAAUAAUAAAAAUGAAAAUUCACCAACAUCAAAUUCCAAUAUGGAUUAUACAUAUAUGGAUUAUCUUGCAGCUGAUGCCGCACAUCGACGACGUGCACGUUCUCGUGGUCAUACAGAUCGUCGUUCAAAAUCUUUAGGACGUAUUAAAUAUGAUCUUGAUGAUGAUGAUGAUAAUAAUAAUACAAAUAAUCAAAGUACAUUUAGUCAUUACAAUCAAGAUCAAUCAUCAUUAAAUUAUGAACAUGAACAAUCAAAUUUACGUAAUACAAUCGAUGAUACAAAUAUUUAUUAUACAACAUCAGCUAGACAUGGAGGAUUAAUUGCUACGACAAAUAAUACAACUCGUAAUUAUUUACCUGAAUCACAUUCUUGUUUUGGUCUUUCAAAAUGGCAUGAUGAAGGUGAUAGUUCUACGGAAGAUGUUUAUGCUGAUUCUGCUGUUGGUUCUGAUUAUAGUGAACCACAACCACAUUUAGCAUUUCCUUCAAGUAAAGCUGUAUCAUGUGAUUCAGCUAUAUCAGGUGUAUCAUCUCAUAGACAAUAUUCAUCAUCAAGUUCUGAACAAAAUCCAAUAACUCCAACAUCAUUACCAUCGAUUCUUAUAUCUCCAAGUAAACAACAUUUUGUUAAUCUGUCACAAAUUGAUGAAACAUCUGAACAAGCAACAAGCAUUGAACGAUCUAUUUCAAGACCAAUGAAUAAUAAUAAUAACUAUUAUCCGACAAUUAAUUGGAAACAAUUACGUGAAAAAAAACAUGAAAAUAGUUUAGAUAAAGCUAAAACAUUUGUUUCAACAACAUUACCAAGAAGACCACUUUUAUAUCAAUCAGCAAAAACAACCAAUUUAAAUACAUCGUCACCUAUAUCAUUAUUAACUUAUCAUAAAAAUCAACCAAAUUUUCAAAAACGUAUUGAACAAUUUCAUGCAACAUCAACAAGUCGUCCAUCAAGACAACGAGCUGUAACAACUGAUCUUUCACAAGCAUUACAAUCAUCAACAAUGACAACAAGUUCAUUAACAACAGUUUCAGCUAUAUCAGCUAGAACACCAUCUGAAGCCGAAUCAUUUACAUAUCCAAAUGUAUCUGAAUUACGAAAAAAUUUUGAACAACAUACAAUAAAAAAAAUUGCAAAACCUAUUGAAAUAACAUCAACUAAUUCAUUAUCACCAACACUUGAAUCACCAUUAUCAUAUGCACCAUCUAUUAUAUCAACCAGUGGUUCUCGCUCAUCAUCAUCAUCAUCAUCAUCUUCUUCAUCAGCUUCAAUAUGUAAAAGUCGAUGUUCAUCAUCAUCAAGUCGUUCAUCAAAUGAAAUUCGUACACCAUCAAUAUCUCCAACAAAUUCUCGUCGACCAAGUUAUACAAUAUCACGUUUAAAUGCAGCAUCAAUGAAUAAUGAAGAUAUACUGUUUCCAAUAGCAGAUUGUAAUCUUGUUAUUAAACAUAAAGCAACAGGAGGACCUAAAAAACCUGUUCAUUAUAAUCGACGUCCAUCUUCUCCACAUCCUCAUCCACAUUUAGACAUUUCAAAUAAUUUAUCGAAUUCAAUGUAUUCGAUAUCGAGUGGUUAUACCGAAGAAGCUCAUCUAUCGGGUGUAUGUAACGAGAAUGAGCUUAUGGGUGGAAGUACAGACGAUGCAGUCUAUGUAUAA